AUGUCUACCCAUGAAGCCCGUCAGCCAACACAUUCUCAACAUGGGCUCUGGCUCCAAUCACAACAUGUGCUCAUUGGCCUCCUCAUCAUCCGUCUGGUGAAUGCGCUCUGCACUGGUCACACCUUUUUCCAGCCGGACGAAUACUUUCAGGCUCUCGAACCAGCUUGGAGUCUGGCAUUUGGGCCAAACAGCGGUGCAUGGAUAACAUGGGAAUGGAAAUACCAUUUACGGUCCUCUCUCCACCCAGCUCUCUUCGCUGCUGCGUACGCCGCUGCAGACAAGAUCACUGCUGUGCUGCCAUGUGCUCCCUCUCUCAGAGCAUCCCUCUUGACCGUCCUGCCUAAACUGGUACAGGCCUGUCUAGCUGUGGUGGGAGACUUUUACACCUGGAAGUUGGCAGAGAGAGUAUAUGGCCAAGGCAGCAGGUCUGCAUGGUCAGCGCUGUGUAUCACAGUGCUCAACCCCUGGCAGUGGUACUGCACCGCUAGGACUUUCUCGAAUUCUCUCGAGAUGACCCUGACAGUCACAGCGCUGAGAUUUUGGCCUUGGGAUCUUCUGGGUGAUGUGUCCGAGACCUAUGGCGGCAUCCCGGCGAGGAGAGAGCGCCUCAGCAGUCUUCGUGUGUCCCUCUGCCUGGCUGCUCUUGCUGUCCUUCUCAGGCCUACCAACGUCUUCAUAUGGGCGACCGUGGUGUUUACAGCGCUGGCCCGGCCUAUGCUCCGGGGCAAGAGUCCCAUCACCCCCAGGAUCCUGUUUGUUCUCGUCCGAGAGGCAGUACUCUGCGGCAGUGCCGCCCUGCUCUUGUCUGCCCUGUCUGACCGUCUGUAUUUCGGCGAAUGGACGUUUCCGCCCUAUCACUUUCUCCAGUUCAACCUCUCGCAGGACCUCGCCGUGUUCUAUGGCGAGAUGGACUGGCACUACUACCUAUCGCAGGGCAUCACGCAGCUCACAAUGACUUUCCUGCCGUUCGCACUCAUCGGCCUGUACAGGUCCACCACCUCAGCCAACCCAGAAGCAACGGCCCUGCAGUCCAACACGCUCAAGACCCUCGCCCUCAUCGUCAUCACCACCAUCACAACCCUGUCUCUCAUCUCUCACAAGGAAGUCCGCUUCAUCCUGCCCCUCCUUCCAGUCCUCCACAUCCUUGCGGCGCCCUCGUUCGCCAGCCUCUUCUCCGCGCCCCCCGGCCGCCAACCGUCCCAGGCCAAGACAGCCCUCCUCGCCGGCCUCAUCUUUGUCAACCUCGUCAUCGCGGCCUACCUCUCCCUCUUCCACGCCGCCGCGCCCAUCUCGGUAAUGCACUUCCUCCGGCACGAGUACGAGCGCAUCCACCCUGACCGGCUGACGCUCCACGCGGCACACCCUGUACCGCCGCCCACCCCCCUUGACGAGGCGACGGAUGAGCUCUUUGCCUUGUUCCUGACGCCAUGCCACGCCACCCCCUGGCGAUCACACCUCGUCUACCCGUCCCUCCGGGCCAGAGCUCUCACCUGCGAGCCGCCGCUCCAUACGGCGCCACGGAGCGAGGAGCGGGAGGCAUACAUGGACGAGACGAAGCGGUUCUACCAGGACUUUGGGCAGAGCGAGGACUGGGGUGUGGGGUUUCUGGCGGAGGAGAUGUGGCCGCCAAAGAGCAACAAGAACGGCAGAGAAGGUGAAGUCCCGCGCUACAUUGUGGGCUUCGAGAGUAUCGAGCCGAUGCUCAGGACUUUCUUUGAUAAGGAGGAUGGCAAGGGGGCCGGUGGGGGAGACAUGAUGGUGAGGCUUAGGAAAGUCUGGAGGGGAUGGAAUGGCCUGUUCAGCGAUGACGAGAGGAAGGAAGGGUUCUUGGCUGUCUGGGAGACAGGCGUAUUUUCUGACGAGACGCCAGUGUCGUUGUGACACCAAUAUAUGUAAAACGAAGCAUAAGAUUUCGGCACC